GAAACGAAAAACAGAAAACAUAACAAAUUGGGGAAAUCAGAAAGAAAAGAGAUGGAGAAAAUAAGCCCACUAAAUGCUCCAUUUAUCUUCUUCUUCGUCUUGAUUUUUCAGUUGUUUGACAAGUUCUUAUCAGAUAUGAAAAAGAAAGCAAAUGUGAAUGAGAAGGAUGUGCAAUUACGUGCUGAAAUCAAGCAAUUGUUGAAGGAGGCAGCCACUUUGUCAGAGCCAUCAACGUUUGCUCAAUCUGCAAAACUUAAGAGAUUGGCAGCAGCUAAGGAGAGAGAGCUUACAAGAAGUCAAGAGUCAGCCAGCAAGAAGAUAAAACCAAAACUUGUUUUGUUUGAGAAAAUGUUGAUAAUUUCAAAGGUUCUUACAUAUCUUACGUUCAUUGUGUGGUUUUGGCGGAUUCCUGUGGCUACCAUAUCCACAGAACUUGUGCAACCCUUUGGGAGGUUUUUAUCAUUGAAAACUGGACGUUCUUUCAGUGACACUGUAAUGGUUGGUAUUAUACCUUGGUUGAUAUUAUCCAACAGGGUUGGCAAAUACUUCUGCGACAUUAUUGCUUAUAUCUUUGAACCUAAAUAGAGGAAGGGAUCAAAGACCUUAAUGGAGCUCAAAUGAUUUCUUGACUGUAGCCUACCAGGUAUCCAGGAAAAUAAGGUUUAUUGUUGUCAUUAAGACUCUAAACGAUCGAUACCUCUGAUGGUAUAUUCUCUUCUUAUCCAGGCAAUGUGACAGUUUGGCUUUGGUAUGCUUAGUUGAAUAUGUGUAUAUAGGAUUUUAUAUGUGGUGCCUUAAGAAUUGUAUUUCUAUGUUUUAUAGGUCGUACCAUGGUGGUCAGUCUUGUGAAGGUUUAAAUUUAUAUAAUCUAAAGUGUGUUUUCAUAUAAGAAUCGGGUACUACCAUAACUGGUAAGUAUGUCAACUAAGUGUAUUAUAUGGUUGUGUACCAAAACUGGUAAGUAUGUUAUCUAUAUACGUCGUGUAUGCAUAAUUAUAUAGACAAAAAUGUAUUUUUCUUUCAUUUUAUUAGAAUACUCUCACUCUUUA